CCUAUUCCAGACUUCUCCCUCCCUACCGUCUCCAUCCUCCCACUCUCGCCAGCCUGUUAGCCUGGGUUAGUGAGGAGGCAGAUCAUCCAGGGGACACCGCUGGGUAGAAGCCACACAGCAGCUGAAGGCGAAACCAUGAAAAGAAAGCGCUCAGCUUUAGAUGCGAUAGAGGCAGGAGAAAAUGGAGGAUUUGCUGCUUUGUUAUGAGCAGGCCCUGGGGAGGAUAUGGAGCCAAGGCAUCGUUGGUUGAGGGUCCAGGUCCCGGCUCUGCACUGAUUCCUUCUCCUACUCUGGAGAACAUCCGGGCAGCCUAUAAAGAUGGAGAGGGGGAGGCUGCCAGGAAUUGAUCCAACAAGCCUGCUGUGUGGAGUGCAGCGCAGGGAUGCCCCACAUUGAUGGGUUACGUCUCCUGUGUGUGGCCACUCAACAUGGUGAUCUGCAGAGUGUGUGUUACCUCCUGAAAGAAGCCCAUAUCUCUGUGCCCCAGGAGCCGUCCAACAGCAACCCAGCCAUCCUGGCAGCAUACUAUGGCCAUGCCAGCUUGGUCAAAGAGCUGCUGGAUUCCAUACCUGGUCCAUGUUUAAGGGGAGACUUGCUGAACUGGAUGCUAGCCACAUCUUGCCAGCAGGGUCACCUGGACGUAGUCCGGCUCCUGGUCCAUGGCUAUGAUGUUGAUGCCAAGGACUGCGCCAUCCACAGCAAUGAGUUUGCUGUAAUCACCGGGUUGCCGCUAUACGCUGCUGCACAAGCAGGUAU